GACACGGGGCACAGAAACCUACUGCAUACACCACCUCGCUGUGUUUACAUUGCUGAAGAAUUGGCAACACACACACACACACAAACAGGAACACUUAAUAAUCUUCAAAAUAACCAAAAAAAGACUAACCCUUCAUAUGUCAGGCGUCUUUGAUGUGCUUGUUUCAUUGUAUCAAAAUUAUAAAGCAAUCGACAGAGGGAUCAGACAGAUGGAGAGAGAGAAAGAGAGCGUGAGCGAUUACUGAUUCAAGAGAGGUAGAGACCCCAAGGAGAACCUGAAGAGAGAGAGAGAGAGAGAGAGAGAGAGAGAGAGAGAGAGAGAGAGAGAGAGAGAGAGAGAGAGAGAGAGAGAGAGAGAGAGAGAGAGAGAGAGUGAGAGUGUUUGGAUAUCCAGCUGAGACAAUCCGCACUGGAGGACUGAACACUGGAUCAACUUCAGAGUCCUUGAGUCUUUCCUUCAGGAACCGACGCUAGCUAUUCUGGAUGUCAGGGAUCUGGACCUACUCCAUUCUAGGCAAUUAUUCCCCACUUUCCUUUCUUCAGGUGAAUUCCUUCCUAGAGUAUGUUCAUAUCAAUGUGUACAAUAAUAUACUUAAUAGUUGUCUGGAUUUCUGAACGGUAUCCGUUUUUUUUUGUGUUUUUUUGUUUGUGUGUUACCAACAUUAAACAGUGCCGAAAUGUAAUGGCCCGUGCGGUGCAGCCUGUUACAUUGCGAUUUUUGGAUUAGUAUCUUGGGGAAGAAAAAUGAUCUUCAAAAAUGUCCCCUUUUAGUUCCCCCCUGGUGGUUCUUUCUUUCUCACAGGACCAGCAUGUUGAGGCGAAGCGUUGGCGGUCGGUCCACCCGCUCCAUCUGUCUGGUUCUGGCAUGUCUGUCCCUGGCGCUGCACAUCCUCCUGGCCAUCUUCUGUCUCUCUGUCCUCCAGACGGCCUGUGUCCCGCCUCACUCUUCUUCCUCAUCUCCCCUCCAUGAUCCUGGAAGUACUUCCCGCCAAACAAAAUCAUCUGUCAUCAUCUCCAACGGAAUCUUUGCCAAUAAUGCCACUGAGUGGGAAAAGGAACCAACCGGAGAUAAAAUAUCCACCAAGGGUAUGAGGGAGGUAGAUCCGGGAGGUUCAAAGUUAGAGGCUCUGUUCAGCCACCCGUUGUACAAUCUGCAAAGGCCUGAAAUGCAAGAAGAUGAUUGGUUGCUGCGAGUCAAGAACAGCGAAGAUGAAGAAGAAGAGAGGGACACAGGAGGUGAGGAGGAGGAAGACAGCUACUGGCAGAGUGGUAGUGAGGAGGACGGCUACGACAAAGCUAACUGGACGGUGGCGGCUGAAACCCACCCUCCCUGGCUGCGCUUCCACCUGGGAAUCUCCCGCUGGGAGCUUUACCACAGGACCGAUCCCCUGCUGGACCAAGUCACCCAUUACAUUUCCACACAGCGUAUCCUCAAUGUUGUGCAGAAAAGAGGGGGUACCCAGCUCAAACUACUCAUGUCGUUUCCCAAUCACGGAGAGGCUCUGCUCAAACCAAUGAGACAGACCAGAGACGCGGAAACAGAUGUUAAUCUGUUCUACUUCUCAGACUUUGAGCGACACAAUGCAGAGAUCUCCGCCUUCCACCUGGACAGGAUCCUAGGUUUCCAACGGAUCCCUCCAGUGGUUGGAAGACUUGUCGACGUCGUCUCGGAAAUCAAAGAUGUCACCACAGACAAAAAGCUGUUGAGGACCUUCUUUACCUCCCCCGUGGGGAACACGUGUUUCUACGGCCAGUGUGAGUACUACUGCUCCACGGAGAACCCGGUGUGCGGCGGUCCGCUUGCGCUGGAGGUGUCUCUUGCCACCAUGCUCCCUGAUCUCACCCUGGCACCCCGCCGGUCCUGGAGGUCACCAUGGAGACGUUCCUAUAGCCGCACCAAACUAGCACAGUGGGAGAAAGACCCGGCCUUCUGUGACGGAGUGAAGCAAACCCCUCCCUACGACGAGGGAACCCGGCUGGUCGACCUCAUGGAUAUGGCUGUCCUGGAUUUCCUCAUGGGCAACAUGGACAGACAUCACUAUGAGACCUUUGAGAAGUUUGGUAACAAGACAUUUAUGCUGCAUCUUGACAACGGACGCGCCUUUGGACGUCACUCUCGAGAUGAACCCAGCAUUCUGGCCCCUCUACGUCAGUGCUGCAGAAUCCGACGUUCCACUCUCCUACGUUUACGCCUCAUGUCCCGGCCGGGAUUCCGUUUGAGUGAUGUCAUGCGUGAGUCGCUGGACCGGGACCCCCUUGCUGUCAUCCAACCCCUUCUCUCAGAAGCACAUCUCUCCGCAUUGGACCGUCGCCUAGCAAUGGUAUUGCAGGUGUUGCACACCUGUCAAGAUCUUCAUGAUGAUGCUGUCUACGACGAUUUAGAGGGACACUAUGAAGAACCAGACUGAAAAAUAAACGACAUGAAAACUUUUGAAACCUGUUUCCAAGCGCUUUCAAUGGGACAGCAGUACCCACUUUAGGGUAGGCCUACUUAUGAUUAGGGACAGCAAUGACAUCACACAGAGGAAGCGGUGUUGAGGAGCUCAUUAGCGGUAAAUAGCAACAGCUGAGGCGGCUGGUAGUCUCAGGAAUUGAGACUCUGGGUUGAGAGUCUCUCUCGCGGGUUGGUCACCUGGAGAUGAGGUGCCAGUGCAGCGUGUCACAGAGAGAGUUGUUCACCUACGAUGGCUCUGGAUCUGGGGUGAGUAACACGCAACUAACCCCCUACAU